CUGUUGAGAGUUGAAAACGAAUGCGAAACAAGAAAAUCUGAUCGUAAACUUUUGAUGGCGUGUUAUCGUCCCAAAGCUACAAAUCCAGUCCCUUUCUAUCCCUGUCGGAAUUUGCCACCGUGCCCUUUUAAGAUGACCCGUUUGACCCCAAGUGACCCCGCUGUCCCCUCCCCUCUGCGUACGAGGACGGGGCUGGGUCAGUCGGCCGGCGGGCUCGGCCUGGGGUGUGCUGCGGCAGGGACGCCGGGCCGGCCUACCCGGCCUCUUCUAGAGUUCGCCUGUGGAGCCGGCAGCACUUCCAUACCAUCCCACCCGGCGCCGUCGCAUUGGACCACCGUCGUCACCACGAUGCGCCUGGAGGAGUGGUUCUUCCAGCUGACCCAGCGGGCCGACGCCGAGGCACUGGUCAACCAGCACGUAAGCGUGGCCGGCGCCUGGGACCUGGGCGCCCUGCUGCCGGCCGCCAGCCUGCUGGCUCUCCUGCUGGCCUGCUGCUGCCUGCUGCCGGGCCUGCGCCGGCGCCGGCUGCACUCUGCCAUCGCGGUGAUCUGGAGUGCUGGCACGGGCUGUAGCCUGGCCUGCGUCUACUGCAACCCCAGCUGGGCAGCGGUGGGCGGCCGCGCCACCACCGCCCUCUCGUACUCUUCCUCCACUGGCCCGGUGGACUGGGUUCUCGCGGUGCGGUUUGGCCUGCACGGCGCCGACCUGAGGCUGGACUCACCCACCGGCCAGUUCCACUACCGCGACCAGCUCGAGUGGCCCCUCACGCCGCGCGGGAUGACCGAGCUGUACCGGGGCGCGCUGCGCCGCGGGCUCGCCGUGCCGCUCGUCACUGCGCUCGAGGUGCUCUCCAAGGACGCCGGACCGUGCACGUACGGGAGGCAUUUCCGGCGCGCCGGGUACGUCACCAGCUGGCUGGUGGGUGGGCUGUUGGCCGCCUGGCUGGUCGGCACCCUCCUGCUCGGUUCUGUACCCCACCUGGCUGCCAAAACCAUGUGCUGGACCGGCGUGCUGGCGGCGGCCACGGCCGGCACCUACGCUCUACUGAUGCCCUCCCACGAGAUGCAGCUGCGGUUUGACGGGGUGCUGAUGCGGGUCCACCUCUCCUGGUGCUUCUGGCUGCUGCUGGCUGUCGGGGCGCUGAAUAUAGCGCUCGGUGGGUGGAUGCUAUACAAGGAGAGCCGCUCCCCCGGGUACUUCUCCACAGUGUUUGAGGUGGACUUCGACAUGCCCGUGUACCGGUACGGUUGGCCGACCGCCCCCAAACCGGCGCGGCCACUGCCCGCACUCAGGAGAAAUGACCUGCGACUGAAUAUCGACUUUGUCAUGAACGACCUAUCCGGCGGCGCCACUCCGACUCCGACGGAAGAGAGGUUCGCCACUCCAUCGUACACAGCGGAGGCGACUCAGCCGUUCUGGACACCGGGCAGCAUCCCCCGCCGGCCGCCGCCGCCCGAAUCCCCGCCAGUGUGUGGGGACAGCCGCCGUAACUGGCUGUACCCGACUCUGGAGGCCACCCCUGCGCCAUCCGCGCCGCCGCUGCCGCCCACAUUCGCCACUGAGAACACCUGCAAACGGCGCACCCCGCGCAAGACGGCCGCUGGACGGUCCCGGUCGGCGGAGCGCAGCGUCGCGCUGCCUCUCGAGGAGGAGUUCGCACACACUCGGUAGGCGGCAGGCGAGCCGGCUCACCAGAGAAGAUUGGGAGCCUAUGAAAGCUGGAGCAGAAGGCGACACCUACCGUCUGACGCCGACAGGGCUCUCCUGACCUAUUUAAAUACCGUAGAAUGGGGUCGCCUCGAGACUGAGACCUAGGGGACUCUCAGCUCAGGGAUGGGUGCGUCAAAGAUGCCUUAACAAAUGCUCAGUGUUGAUAGAUAUACAAUAGCUCAGAAUCCGGUUUGUUAUGUUAAUGAAUCGAUGCAUGAAUAAUACAAUGGUUGACUACCGUCCAAACUCUAAA